CCUCGUGAGGCGGCUCCCUCCGAGGGGGCUCCGCGGCCGCAGUAGCGCUUGGGCGGCGGCGGUGGCGGGUGGAGGCGAUGGGGUCAACGUUGCGCUUCCCGUUCUUGCUCCUGCUGGGGCUGGCUGGCCCCGCGGCCACGCUCGCUGGGUACAUCGAGGCGCUCGCAGCCAAUGCAGGGGCAGGCUUCGCGGUGGCAGAGCCUCAGAUUGCCAUGUUCUGUGGGAAGCUCAAUAUGCACGUGAACAUCCAGACUGGGAAAUGGGAGCCUGACCCUUCCGGGACCAAGAGCUGCUUUGGAAGAAAGGAAGAGAUCCUGCAGUACUGCCAGGAGAUGUAUCCAGACCUGCAGAUUACGAACGUGGUGGAAGCCAACCAACCCAUUAGCAUCGACAGCUGGUGCAAGAGGGGGAAGAAGCAGUGCAAGGACCACACUCACAUUGUCGUGCCCUACAAGUGCCUGGUGGGGGAGUUUGUAAGCGACGUCCUGCUGGUGCCAGAGAAGUGCCGGUUCUUCCACAAGGAGCGGAUGGAUGUGUGUGAAAGCCAUCAGCACUGGCAUACUGUGGCCAAGGAGGCCUGUCUGACAGAAGGGAUGAUCCUGCACAGUUAUGGCAUGCUGCUGCCCUGUGGAGUAGACCAGUUCCAUGGAACAGAAUAUGUAUGCUGCCCUCAGGCAAAGGUUGUGGAUGAGGCUCUGUCCAAAGAGGAAGAGGAUGAAGAUGAGGAUGAAGACUAUGACCUCUAUAAAAGUGAGUUCCCUACAGAGGCAGGUGUAGAAGACAUCACAGGAACAGCUGUGGAGGAGGAUGAGGAUGAAGAAGAUGAAGGGGAAGAGGAGGAGGACGUGGUGGAAGACCGUGAUUACUACUACGAUAGCUACAAAGUGGAUGAUUACAACGAGGAGACCCCCACAGAGCCAAGCAAUGACAAGGCUGCUCCUGAAAAGGAAGUCAACAGUGACAUGAAAUCUGUCUGCUCCCAGGAGGCGAUGACAGGGCCCUGCCAGGCUGUGAUGCCUCGUUGGUACUUCGACCCUAACAAGAGAAAAUGCAUUCGCUUUAUAUAUGGAGGCUGCGGAGGCAACAGGAACAAUUUUGAGUCAGAGGAGUAUUGUAUGGCUGUGUGUAAAAAGAUGAUGCCAACCGAUGAUGUGGAUGUCUACUUUGAAACCCCAGCUGAUGACAACGAACAUGCCCGCUUCCAGAAGGCAAAGGAGCAGCUGGAGGUCAGGCACCACAACCGUAUGGACCGGGUGAAAAAGGAAUGGGAAGAAGCAGAACACCAAGCUGUCAAUCUGCCCAAGGCGGAAAGGCAGACUCUCAUUCAGCACUUCCAGGCAAUGGUGAAAUCCCUGGAGAAGGAGGCAGCAAGCGAGAAGCAGCAGCUGGUGGAAACUCACCUUGCUCGUGUGGAAGCGAUGCUGAACGACCGCCGCCGCAUCGCUCUGGAGAACUACCUGGCUGCCCUGCAGGCUGACCCACCACGGCCCCACCGCAUCCUGCAAGCUCUGAAGCGCUACGUUCGGGCCGAGAACAAGGACCGGCUGCACACCAUCCGCCACUACCAGCACGUCCUGGCCGUUGACCCAGAAAAGGCUGCACAGAUGAAAUCUCAGGUGAUGACACAUCUCCAUGUGAUUGAGGAGCGGAUGAAUCAAAGCUUGUCUCUGCUCUACAAGGUGCCAUAUGUGGCUGAAGAAAUCCAGGAUGAGAUUGAUGAGCUGCUUCAGGAGCAGCGUGCAGACAUGGACCAGUUCACAUCCUCCAUCUCGGAAUCCCAGGUGGAUGUCAGGGUGAGCUCUGAGGAGAGUGAAGAAAUUCCCCUGGAGGGCAAACCUUUCCGUCCGUUCCAGGUGAAAACCUUCCCAGCCUUGCCUGAGAAUGAAGAUCCUCAGACGGAUUUGUACCACCCCAUGAAAAAAGGUUCUGGCAUGACUGAGCUGGAUGGGCUGAUCGGCGCUGAAGAAAAGGUGAUUAACAGCAAGAAGAAAGUGGAUGAAAAUGUGGUCAUCGACGAAACCCUGGAUGUGAAGGAGAUGAUUUUCAAUGCAGAGCGUGUCGGUGGGCUGGUGGACGAGCCGGAUAAUGACAACUCCCUCCGUGAUGACUUCAGUUUCAGCAGCAGUGCCCUCAUUGGCCUUUUGGUGAUUGCUGUUGCCAUAGCUACCGUUAUAGUCAUCAGCUUGGUGAUGCUGAGGAAGAGGCAGUAUGGGACCAUCAGCCAUGGGAUUGUGGAGGUUGACCCGAUGCUUACCCCAGAAGAGCGGCAUCUGAGCAAGAUGCAGAACCACGGCUACGAGAACCCCACUUACAAAUACCUGGAGCAGAUGCAGAUAUAAAAGAGAUGAAGAUAACAGCAGCCCUGGCUGGGAAAGGCUCAGGGCGGAGGGCCAAAGUGGUCCAGCGUUUUGGAUCAACUACUGACCAACAGUUGCUUCGAGAGGACUUCAUCUUACAUUCAGAACUCCUGGAUCAUUAAGACUAUAAUUACUACUGUAGAGUUGCAAUUUCCAUUCUUUUAAAUGGGUGAAGAAAUGAUAAUAUAACAAUAUGAUAUAUAAAUCUCCUUAAAUGGGAAAAAAAUGGAUCUAUUGCAGAUAUUUGACUGAGAUGUAGUUUUCUUUUUGGGUUUUUUUUUUGGUUUUGUUUU